GGAGUCCUCCUCCAGCCUGUGAUAACUGCUCUUGACUUGUGCUUGCUGCUCCAUCUCACCUCUAUUAGCUAGCUGUCUCUCCUGGUAGAAGUCCACAUACAGACAAAGGUUCCUUAGCAUGGCCAGCCCAGGGAACAUCGGUUCCUUUACAGUCUGGGACUAUGUGGUGUUCGCCUUGAUGCUACUCAUCUCUGCAGUCAUUGGCAUCUACUAUGCCUUUGCAGGUGGUGGACAGAAGACAUCCAAAGAUUUCCUGAUGGGUGGCAGGAGCAUGACAGCGGUGCCAGUAGCUUUGUCACUCACCGCCAGCUUCAUGUCUGCUGUGACAGUACUGGGUACCCCCGCAGAGGUCUACAGAUUUGGUGCCAUGUUCAGUAUAUUUGCCAUCACUUAUACUCUCACAGUACUAAUCUCAUCAGAGAUCUUUCUGCCGGUGUUCUACAGACUGGGCAUCACCAGCACCUACGAGUACCUUGGACUGCGCUUCAAUAAACUGGUCAGACUAAUUGGAACAAUCCUUUUUAUCAUUCAAACAGUUCUAUAUACAGGAAUUGUCAUUUAUGCUCCAGCUUUGGCAUUAAACCAAGUUACUGGAUUUGAUUUGUGGGGUGCUGUUGUGGCCACUGGAGUGGUCUGCACUUUCUACUGCACGCUGGGCGGCCUUAAAGCAGUUGUGUGGACAGAUGUGUUCCAGGUCGGCAUCAUGGUUGCUGGGUUUUCAUCUGUCAUCAUUCGAGCUGUGGUAGUCCAGGGUGGAAUCAGCCCUAUUCUAAAUGACUCAUAUUACGGAGACAGGCUGAAUUUCUGGGAUUUUAACCCAAAUCCACUACAGCGACACACCUUUUGGACCAUUGUUAUUGGAGGAACAUUUACUUGGACUGGAAUAUAUGGCGUCAACCAGUCACAAGUGCAGAGAUACAUUGCUUGCAAAACCAGAUUUCAAGCUAAAAUGUCCCUGUAUGUGAAUCUGGUAGGACUGUGGGCUAUCCUUUCCUGCGCAGUACUAAGUGGACUGGCAAUGUAUUCUAUAUACAAGGAUUGUGAUCCAUGGACUGCCAAAUUUGUUUCAGCUCCAGAUCAGCUAAUGCCUUACCUUGCCCUUGACAUUUUGCGGGACUAUCCAGGACUUCCAGGACUGUUUGUGGCCUGUGCAUACAGUGGGACGUUAAGUACUGUGUCCUCCAGUAUCAAUGCUUUGGCUGCUGUCACAGUGGAAGACCUUAUAAAGCCUUUCUCCAAGCCCCUCAGUGAAACCAAGCUGUCAUGGAUUUCCAAAGGAGCAAGUCUCCUAUAUGGUGCAAUAUGUAUUGGCAUGGCAGCCUUGGCAUCCCUAAUGGGUGGCUUAUUACAGGCUGCUCUUUCCAUCUUCGGUAUGGUUGGAGGACCUCUGCUUGGUCUGUUUACUCUAGGAAUUAUCUUCCCCUUUGCAAACUCCAUAGGUGCAUUGACUGGUCUAUUGGCUGGUUUUACAAUUUCAUUAUGGGUAGGUAUUGGAUCUCAAAUUUACGCUCCUCUCCCCAUAAGAAGUUUACCCAAAUACCUGUCAACAGAGGGCUGCAAUUUCAGCACUGUAGACACCAACUGGACAUUAACAACAGCACUACCCGCAGUGACUGGUAUAUUGUCAGAAGUUCAAGCUGUGGAAAGACCCGACCUGGCUGACAGCUGGUAUUCAUUGUCCUAUCUAUACUUCAGUACCAUUGGAACAAUUGUUGCUAUCGUUGUGGGAAUAAUAGUCAGCUUAGUUACUGGUGGAUGGAAACAAAAUGUAAACAGAGAAUAUCUACUGACAGCGGAAGACUUUUCCUAUCUCAAGGUUUUGAUUCCUUCUCGUUGGGCUAAAGAACAGACAGAGAAAGUUGAAGUACUUAACUGGAAACGUCAAGAUACUGAUCUCCAUGAGGAUGAGGGAACUGACAACCCUGCAUUCAAUCAUGUGGAAAUGUAUAGCACAGAGAAAAAUGAGAAGAUAAAUGGUUUUAAUGCGUGACAUUCCCUCAAACCGUGCUGCACAGUGUGUGAACAAAAGGAGAAAAUGAUUUUUAUGGUGCAGCAAUUGAUGGUGAAGUACACACUGAAUAUUCAUGUGUAUUGUUACACUUGCUCCAGAAGAAUUUUUAUGUAUAUAUAAAAUGUAUAGAACUCUGUUUUGAUAUAGAAAAUAUAUCAAAAGAAGCAGUGGUGCUGCCAUAACUGCAAAUAUACUGACUCAGGGAGAUAAUUUCUAUCAGAGCUUUGGAUUUUUGUUGUACAUUUUAUAAAUUGUAGCUGGACUUGUUAUCUAUAUGUUUGUUAUGUAUUUUAUCCGUAUUUAGUUUUAUAA